AUGACCCCCUCCAACCCCGCAAAGACAGCAAAGCAGCAUGUCGACCGUGGCGUAAAGCGCGUUGUCCUUGGCGACCUGUCGUUCCACACCUGGUAUCAUUCAUUAUACCCCGAGGAGCUCGUCAGCAAAGACUCCGAGCUAUUAUAUGUCUGCAGCUGGUGUUUUCGGUAUACGUGUGCCGCUGGAGCCUACGCGACCCAUGUGAAACUCUGUGACCGCCGAACUACACCUCCCGGAAUAAAAGUCUACGAACACGGCGGCUAUGCAGUAUGGGAGAUAGAUGGCGAAGACGACAAACUGUUUGCACAAAAUCUGUCCUUGUUCUCGAAACUUUUCCUCGACCACAAGUCUGUAUUCUUCGACGUCUCUUCAUUCUUAUAUUACGUGCUCACAUUCGUCGAUCCGAAGGCACCAGAAAAAUACCAUGUCCUCGGGUAUUUCUCCAAGGAAAAGCUCUCAUGGGACCCAAACAACCUUGCUUGCAUUCUUAUAUUUCCGCCGUAUCAACAUAGGCGAUUAGGGAGACUUCUGAUGGGGGUCAGUUACAAACUAAGUGCGUGGGAAUGGGAUCCAGGACUAAUCGGAGGUCCCGAAAGGCCUCUGAGUGAGCUGGGACUUCGGAGCUAUACACGCUUUUGGGAAGAGCGACUGGCAAGGCACUUCCUCCUUGGCCCGCCUAAAGGAGAACAGGGCAAAGUUGUUCAACAAAAACAGGCAACAAUGAAAGCAGCAGCAAGGAAAACCCCUGCCCGGGAGCGCAUGACCGUACAAGAGAUUGGCCUAGCCACCGGUAUGUUAACCGAAGAUGUUAUCACUGCUUUGAAAAGCAUGGGCAUUGUGGAGCCUGAGCACACGAGGAACAAACGCAAUACUACUUCAAAUGAUCAUGAGAAUGCCGGUGAAACUGUCGUCAUUCGCAAAGCAAACGUACUCGAAUGGACCAAGAUCCACAAUGUCGCCCUCCGAGACCCGGUAAGGGAAGAUGGCUUUAUCGGCGAGUGGGCUUCUGGGAAUCUCCAGCUUCAGCAGGAAAGCGAAGGUUAG